UUGCCGAUGCGCGGGGCCGCGAUCAGGGCACUCGUCGCAGCAGCGACGACAUUCCCUGUCGGCGCCGGCUCGCGCGCUUUGAAGGACAAGGAUGAUGCCGCCCUUUUGCCGCUGCCCGCCUCUCCUUCUCCUCAGGCACCUCCUACACUGAGCUGCGCAUCGGUCUCGUCCUGCGCGGGUCUCGAUCUCCUGGCUGGAGCGGUCCUCUGCACCGACCGAGGAGAGUGCCGGCCACAGGCUGAGGCCGACUGCGGCAGCGUCUGCUUCGUCCCGGCGGCCUGGCCCAUCGCCGAGAGCGGCAGCGGCGACGCCGGAGCGGAGCUUGCGCCUCGGCCAGCGGCCGAGGCAGCGGAGCCCGCCGAACCCGCGGAACUGGCCGGCGCGGCGGCGGAGUCGGGCGGGGCGGAAACGAGCGCAGAGGCAGCGGACGCAGAAGCAGAGGCGGUGACGGUGGUGGAGGCGGUGGAGGCGGUGGAGGCGGAGGCGGUGGAGGCGGAGGCGGUGGAGGUGGACCCGGCGGAAGAGCCUGGGCCCGGCGAGGCGCACGGCGAGGCGGAGAGCGAGCCGCAAGAGGAGGCGCAGCCGCUGCCGCUGCCGCAGCAGCAGCAGCAGCAAGAGCAUCACGCGUCCGAGGCGCAACGGCACUCGCCGGGCCUCGGCGAGAAGGUGUGCAAGGCGAAGGCGGGCCUGGUGCACUGCUGGCUCGCCGGCUGCGUGGCCGAGUGCUCCAGCGAGAUCGCGCCCGCCCUCCUCCUCCUCCUCAUCGUCGGGAUGUCUGCGCACACCUUUGGCUCGCUGCUGUCCGGGCUGGGCUUCCCCGCCAUCACCACCUUCCUCUUCUUCGGCGUGGUCGCCGGUCCGUACGGCACAAACAUCGUGUCCGCCGAGGAGGCGGCCAAGCUCACCUGGCUCAACAAUGUUGCCCUCGGCUUCAUCGGCCUGUCUGCGGGCGGCAAGCUCCACCUCAACGAGGUGCGCGAGAACCUGUCCGCCGCGCUGAGCGUGCUCGGCGGGCUGGUGACCGUCACCUACUUCGGCUCCAUCACGACGACGCUGCUCUUCGGACACAUCUUCCUCCCCUUCCUCGUCGACGUCACGCUCAACGAUAAGAUGUCCGCCGCGCUGCUCAUCGCCUGCCUCGCGGUCGCUCGCUCGCCCUCCUCCGCCAUCGCAAUCAUCGAGGAGCUGCACGCCAAGGGCCCCUUCACCACCACCGUCCUCACCGUCACCGUGCUGAUGGACGUGGUCGUCGUGCUGCUCUUCGCGCUCACGCAGCUGGUGGUGAGCUCGCUGCAGGAGGGCGGCGCGGGCGAGGGCGGCGCGGAGGGCGGCGGAAGCCUGCUGCUCGAGUUCGUGCAGCAGACCCUCCUCUCGGUCGUGCUCGGUUGCCUGAUCGGCUUCUCGAUGCCGCUCAUCUACGCCUGCCCCAUCCCCGAGCCAGACCGGCGAGAGAAGGGGUGGCGCGGCGCGCUGGCCUCCUUUUUCCGCGCCACCGUCGGGGUGCUCCUCUCGGUGGCGCAACGGACAACCCUCCUCUUCACCGGGUUCGCCCUCUUCUUCGACGAGCGGUACGAGGAGGUGACGGCGGGACGCGCGGCGAUCAACCCGCUCGUCUGCUGCAUGGUUGCCGGCUUCGUGACGAGCAACCUGACCGCGGGGGGCCACGCCUUCCACGAGGCGGUGACGGACCUGUCUGGCCCGAUCUACCUCCUCUUCUUCACCUUCACGGGCAUCACGAUGGACCUGGGCGUGCUGUGGCGCAACCGCUCCGCCUGCAUCCUCCUCUUCGGCUCGCGCUCCGUCUUCAUCGUCCUCGGCUCGCGGAUUGGCGGCCAGCUCGGCGGCCAGCCAGCCGAGUACUACAACCGCUACUGGAUGUCCUUUCUCACUCAGGCGGGCGUCACGCUCGGCCUCGCCCAGUCGGUCGCCCCCCACUUUGUGUGGGGCCCCGACUUUGCGGCUUGCAUCGUCGCGCUGGUCGUGUGCAACCAGAUCGUCGGCCCGCCCCUCUUCAAGCACGUCAUCAAGCUCGUCAACGAGUCCAACAUCGGGUACAACCCCGCGGAGGUGCCAAAGACUGGCUACGGCCCGCGGAUCCGCAACCUCGGCAACGUCAAGAACUCGUCGCUCGGCAAGCCCAAGCCGCGCGGCGUGCUCUGCAUCAAGAGCGCCGACUCGCCCCUCGGCGAGGCGAUCACGCGCCGGCUGCGCGAGCUGCAGUGGGAGGUGCUCGUCGCCGACGAGACCUUCUCGCUCAACACGAGCGUGGACGAGUCGGAGCAGCUGGAGAAGCGCUCGCGCUACAACAUCAUCGGCCUGCCCGACGAGCUGCAGCGCGAGCUCCUCUCCCGCGAGGGGGCGCAGGGCAUGCCGAUCAAGCCGUGGGAGAAGCUCGUCGCCCACCGCUCCAUGCCAACCAUGCCAAAGCUCCCAAUCUCCGAGAGAGACCUCUGGGGCGGCUCCCCCGUCGUCGCCACGCCGCGGCGCCGCGCCGACGAGGCCCUCCCGCGCAGCCCCGACCAGGCCCUCGCCGCCCUCCACUCGCGCGGCUUCGGCUCCAACCCGCUCGAGCGGUCCCGGAUGCUCGCCUCGAAGCAGCUCGGCUCCGACGCCGUCAGCUUCGCCGCCGCUGCGGCGCGCACGCCCUUGCCCCGGCUCGACCUCGGUCGCUUCGACGUCGAGUCCGGCGAGGGGCAGGUGCUCGGCUCGCGGCGGACGCAGAUGCCGCAGCGCAGCGGCUCGGUGCGGCUGACAGCGGGCGAGCCUCGCGAGCCGCGCCGCUCGCCGAGGUCCGGCUCCGGGGGCCGUGCCCACACGCCUCGCGGCCGGCGCGGCUCGCACGACCUCGAGGACGACCCGGCCCGGUACGCGUACUCGAUGCGGCUGCUCUGGCUGGCAGCGUCGAUGAAGAACCUCGACGUGAUCCUCGUCCUCGUCUCGUCCGAUUCGGAGUGCCUCGAGGUCUGCCGCCUCGUCAACGAGCUGAUGCCGAUGAUCGAGCGGUCGCGCAAGGCGAGCUGGUCCAAGCCGCCGCAGGUCGUCAUCUCGCUCGAGGACGAGACGCAGGCGCACCAGCUCACGCCGAGCCCAAACUGCGAGCCGCCGCUCGUGAUCGGGCCGCGGCUCGCGCUGCCGCGCCUCAUCUGCGAGGUGCUCCACCCGACGGCGCACUACACGGGCUCGUUCGAGUCGUCCCCGCUCCUCGACGACUCGCUCUCGGUGUCGGACCUGUCCGACCUCGGCCACAUGCUCGACUUCGGCGACCCGGGCAACGGCCGGAGGGAGGCGGAGAGGCACCACCUCGGCCAGGGCGGCUUCGACCCACCGCCGCGCAGGCGCAGCGGCGAGGGAGCGGGCCGCGGGCCGGGCUCGACGCCCUCGCUCGCAGGCCGCUCCCGCGGCUGGAUGGCGUCGAUGGAGGAGGCGUCGGCCGAGUCGUCCUUCGGCGAGCGGUCGGCCGAGUCGUCCUUCGGCGAGCGGGCCAAGGGCGGCGCAGCCGGCGCGCCCUCCGCCGCGCCUCCGCCGGCCGCCGGCCCGGCGGAGUGGGAGGCGCUCGCAGCGGGCGGCGGCGGGGGCGCGUUCGAGGGGACCGCCGAGGGCGCCGCCGAGGACGAGGGCGGGUGGGACGAGCCGGCCGAGCCGGCGUGGGGGGGCAGCCCCGCGGCGGGCGACAACGCGCCCGCCGCGUCCGACGCGCCCUUUUUUUCCGCCGCGGGCGACGAGGCGGAGAACCCGCCGCCGAGCGAGGCAAAGAGCUCCGCGCCGCCAGGUGGCGCGCUCGACAUGCUGUAGCGGAGCCGACAUCCUGUGUAGAGGAGGGGCGUGGAUGCGGAGGAGGAAGGACUCGGGAGAUGCAUGCGCAUUGGCCCCUGCGAGAGAUACAGUACGUGCGGCGGGGCGCGGGGGGUGCCGCGGGGGAACAACCGGAACUCAAGGUGCGGGGUGCGCGUUUGAUUCGGCGCAGCCGCAGAGGAGAGAUGCAGAUUGUGGGCGGGAGUCCUACCAGAGCGUCUCUGUGACCGCCGCGGGAGGUCUGCGAGUCGAUUAUACGUCAGUAAGUGGUGUGUACAUACACACUCACCUCGCUCUCCGUGAGCGUGACC